AUGGGAUCAGGGAGCACACUGAAGUUUGCUCUCUGCGAGGUGCUGCAGUUUGCUGGCCUGUGUGUGCCACUCUUCAUCGUGAUGCAGAGAUUUGCCAUCAUUGUGGCAAAGGUCAAAGCUUCUGCACAGCCCCCCAGCGACACCAGCACAGCUUACUGGCUGAUUGUGGCCUCCUCAAUCGCCUAUGUCACCUCCACCGCCCUGCUGGUGUGGGUACCCAUGAAGUACUUGGUGUUUAUAAAAAAGAAGUUUCUUGUUGGGAGGAAGAAAUGGAGGCCUGUGGCCCUGGUAUAUGUAAUCCUGUCCACGUUACCGUGCUUUGCCUUUCUCAUUGCCAGUUCUGAGGUUCAGAUAAACAACAAUAUGAAACAUGAUACAUUUACGGAGAUCCCCGUGUCUUUGGUCUUCUUCUCCUUAAUCUGCAUUGAUGUUGUGGAGAGGAUCCGACACUGCAGAUUGACCGGACAGGAUAAUGAAAUGGGAAGAGAUGCUGAAAUCCCCUCCACUGUCUUAACUCAUGUGGAACCAAUAACACCAGUAUCCCCCAUCACUCCAGCUGUGUCAGGAGCUGCCGUUUCAGGACCAGCUGUGCCUGGCCCGGCUGUAUUGCAGCCAUCAAUGCACAGGCAAGGUAUGCCAAAUCCUCUUCAGCCUGGAACAAGUCAGAUAAGUGACAGGAACCACAAUGGGGGAGGGACACGUCCAGAAACCAAUGGUGCCAUACCUGGAAUAAAUGGGACGCCUGGCCGGCCAUUUAUCAUCUCUUCUCCUGAACUGAGUUCACCAUCAAUGAGUGGACCAGCUUAUCAUUUGUCUCCAUACACCUACACGGGCCCUCUGAGGUUUCUGUCCGUCAGUGAUGCCCGAGCAGAUGUGUUUGUUGAUAGCUUUAUGUUUUGGAUGGAUACGGUAGAGAUGGUGAGGGUGGCAGGACAUCCAUUGGUCUACUACUCCGGCUGGGUCUUUCCCAUCUACAUCUUCAGCUAUGUGUCCUGCUUACGUGUGGUGAUCAUGCCCAACACCCCACUCCUUUCCUCUCUAGGAGUCGCUCUGCAGGACUUACCUUUCUUCUUCGUGCGUGUUGGCCUCAUAGCCCUCUUCGGGUUUGUCACGCCCGUACUCUAUCUGAUGAAGAAUCUGUUAGUCUGUCUGGCAUUUGUCUACUUUAACUUCAUGACCAAGCUGAGAGUAUUUAACACAGAGAGAAUGUUUUUUUGAGACCAUGAAUGGAAAGACAGAACACUGUCAGGAAAUGCAUCCUGAUGGC